UGGUGGCGGAGAGGCUCGCCAGGCUGGCCUUUGGCGAGGACGCCAAGAGGAGCGGGAAACUCGCACUGGCAGCACCCUGGGAGAGGCUCGGGGCUGCCGCGCCCCCACCCUCCGCCCAAGCCCCUGAUUGGGUCCGCCCUUAUCUGCCCACUCCAGCCGCGGGGAAAUCGAGCGACAUCCAGCGCUGACUGCCCAGUCCUCGCCCAAGACCAAGAUAAAGUGGGCAUGUUUUGUUCUUGAUACCUCCAAUUUGGGAGUUUAAGGAGCUGUGCUUGCACUGGUGAGUUUUGCUGUAAACUCUCUUUGAAAUUAAACUGGGCUUGAAGGUAAAAUCGUUGGGGAGCGGGGUGGUUCCUCUCCCCCGUUGCAUUUUAAAACUAACCGCCACAGUGAAGUUUUUGUGUGCUGUAAAUUAGAGUUUCCGUCCUUGGUCAUUUCUGCCCCCUGAAGCUCACUGAUUAAGUGGCGUGACAAGAGCUGUUGGUAAUCAAAACUAGCCUGCUCUUAGAACUCUUAACUGUGAAAAGGAAAAUAAAAUGAUGAGGGAACUGCAACUCAGUCAAAACUUACCUCCUUUAGAUGAGGAGCUGUCGCUCGUUCUGAACGAGUGGGUAUUCUGUCCCCUAAUGAGAACUGUAUCAAGACCAGUUGUUUCAUAUGUAAUUAAUAAGUGAUCGAUGAUAAGAUUAAAAAAAAUUCCCCUACAGGCGACCGCAUCCCAAAUGGGGCCGAGGCCCCCGGGGGGUGGCAGUGCAGUCUUCUCUUCCGGAUUGCUGCAAGGGGGGCGCUCUAAGCACGCUUCUGCGGCGAAGUCUCAACUUUCCCGAUGGGUCGUUCUUUGUGCGGGGACCCGCGGCCGGCGGCGGGUCCAGCGCUCAGGUCUCCGGCCGCCCGGACCCCGCCCCGCCACGCCCCUGCCGGGCCGGCCGCCCCGCCGCGCCACGCUGGAGCAGCUCGGGACUUGGGAAAAGAGACUCAGAUCCUCUGCCCGCGGCGCACCCGGCCAGGUCUCUUAGGGCCGCGAGGGGGAGAGAGUCGCGAGGAGGUUGGUUCCGGGUUGCACUGGAUCAUUUACUCUGAUAAGGGAUCUACCCUGGAAACAUCACUGAAGCUUUCCCAGCAUCCCACCUGUGACCUAUCACACAGGUGCACCUGACCUUCACGACAGGACGUCCACGAGUGCCUGCGUGCAGCCUGCCGGCCGGCUCAGAGAAGGAUGCCAGGGUGGGGGUGCGGGGACGUGCCCGGGUCCUCACCCUGCGGUGUGUCCGAGUCUUUCACAGUCUUAGCAACAAUGGUAUCAAAAGAAAAUAUUUUGUGAAAUAAGAAGCUCCUUUGACAUUUUUAAUGACCAACCUAUCUUAAGAUGGACACCUGCUCCAUAGAAUGUGAAGUUCCAUGGUCUCGAAGAAGCAAAUGCCCGUUUAACACUGAUUCUAAAUAAACAUGGACAUCAGAAUGCUUGUUAGUGGCAGAAGAGUGAGAAAGUGGCAUUUUCUCCAGUUAUGUGCCACUUGUUUUAUCCUGAGCCUCAUGGUGUUUUGGGAACCGUUUAAUAACCACAUUGUGAGCCACAUGAAGUCCUACUCUUACCGAUACCUCAUAAAUAGCUACAACUUUGUGAAUGAGAGCCUGUCUCUGAAGCACAGCGAGGAUGGGGCUACUCGCUACCAAUACUUGAUUAACCACAGGGAGAAGUGUCACGCACAAGACGUCCUCCUUUUACUGUUUGUGAAGACUGCUCCCGAAAACCACGCUCGACGUUCUGCAAUCAGGAAAACGUGGGGCAAUGAGAAGUAUGUUCGGUCUGAACUUAAUGCCAACAUCAAAACUCUGUUUGCCUUAGGAGCACCUUCUAGCCCACUGACAAGAGAAGCACUGCAAAGGAGACUGUUUGAGGAAGACCAAGUGUACAAUGAUAUAAUUCAGCAAGACUUUGCCGAUUCUUUCUAUAAUCUUACUCUUAAAUUACUCAUGCAGUUCAGUUGGGCAAAUACCUUUUGUUCCCAUGCCAAAUUCCUUAUGACUGCUGAUGAUGACAUAUUUAUUCACAUGCCAAAUCUUAUUGAAUACCUCCAAGGCUUAGAACAAAUUGGCGUUCAAGACUUUUGGAUUGGUCGUGUUCAUCGUGGGGCACCUCCCGUUAGAAACAAACACAGCAAAUACUACGUCUCCUAUGAGAUGUACCAGUGGCCGGCUUACCCUGACUAUACUGCUGGAGCUGCCUAUGUGAUCUCUAAUGAUGUCGCUGCCAAAGUCUAUGAGGCCUCACAGACACUUAACUCCAGCCUUUACAUAGAUGACGUGUUCAUGGGCCUCUGUGCCAAUAAAAUGGGGAUAGUACCACAAUACCAUGUGUUUUUCUCUGGGGAAGGUAAGGCUCCUUAUCACCCCUGCAUCUACGAUAAAAUGAUGACAUCUCACGGACAUGUGCAAGAUCUUCAGGACCUUUGGGAGGAUGCCACAGACCCUGAAGUAAAAACCGUUUCAAAAGGAUUUAUUGGCCAGAUAUACUGCAGGAUAGUUAAAAUAUUUUACCUGUGCAGGUUGACCUACGUGGACACAUAUCCUUGCAGGGCUGCUUUUGUCUAAUAGUACUUGAAUGUCGCGUGUUCUCACUGUCACUGAGCCAAACCUGAAUGCGAAACCUUUAAAUGUCCAUCUGUACCCUAAGUGAAGUAUGAAUAGGAGAA